AUGCUACCCAAUCUAUCCACAGCCACUUCGUUGGUCUUGGGGCUCCCCGAUGUCACCUGCAGUCAGACACGGGUGGUUAUUGUGGGGGGGUUGUAUUUAUACGGUGGGGUUGAUGGAUUGGCCAUGAGGGUUCAUAAAAAGUGGCAGCAAACAAUAAACAGCAAGAAAGGGGAAGAAAGGAUUAGGGUUUGCACAGGUCACCGCGGGUUCAGCAGCAGGACAAUGGAAGACCAUAGUAGUCCUGGUGUUCACAACAGUCCUUCGGGGGCCCCCCGGGGCCCCCCUGGAAACCACAGGGGCAAACGGCCUCACGAGAUGGAUGAGUACCCAAAGACAGCAGAGCAGCAGCAAUCAGCAGCAGCAAUUGCUGCUGCUGCUGCAGCAGCAGCAGCAGCAGCAGCUCCCUUGAAGCCAGGAGCUCCGCAAGACACAGCUGCUGCCGUUCCUAUAACGAGUCCUUUCCCAGGAAUUCCUGGUGCAGCAACAGCAGCAGGUGCAGCAGCAGGUGCAGCAAUGGCAGCAACAACAGCAGCAGAUGCAGCAGCAGAAUAUGGACACGAGGAAGAGAUGCGCAGCAGCAGGAGACGCCCAACCCUAACCCUAGCGGAACUCCCUAAACGUGUGCUGGAUUGCCAGGUGUUGGCGUGUUUAAUGUAUCCUCCCUUAAUGGGUUUAUCUUUACAUUCUAAUGCCUUUUGCCGUACCCCAUCAAUGGAGGAGACAGCAGCAGCAGAAGAGGGGCCCCCCUCUGGAUUAAUAGGUUCCCCAUUACCUGGGGGCCCCCCUGGUAGUAUAGCAGCAAAUUGUAUGCCUGGUAUAUCAUCAGUUAUUCUUUCUGCUCCUCCUGCUGCAUCAGGAGCAUCAGGAGCAUCAGGAGCAUCAGGAGGAGCAGGAGGAGCAGGAGGAGGAGCUCCUGGUGCUCUCCCUCCAUUAGAUUUUUGUCCUGCUGCCUUCUCUGUCCCCUUCCCUGAUGAUGUAACAUCUAAGGCAAAAGAGUAUCUAGCUGCUGUUGGAUCUGUUGGUGCUUAUUCACACUCCCAAGGCGUCAAACAUUUCCGACAAAAAAUCGCCAUUUGGUUCCAAGAAAGAGAUGGAUACCCUGCAGACCCUGAUGACCUCUUUCUUACUGAUGGUGCAUCUGCUGCAGUAGCUCGGAUAAUAGAGGUAUUAUAUAGGGGACCUGAGGAUGGCUUACUCAUCCCUAUCCCUCAAUAUCCCCUCUAUGCUGGUCUACUCACAAGAAUAGGAGCAAGAAGUGUUGGAUAUUUUCUUAAUGAAGACAAGGGGUGGUCUCUUGAGGCAGCAGAGGUAGAGAGAGCACUCAAUGAGGCAAGAGCAGAGGGGACAAAUGUUAGGGGUAUUGUUGUUAUUAACCCUGGUAACCCUACAGGACAACUUAUUAAGGAAGACCAGAUAAGAGAGGUUGUUAUGCUGUGUCAACGAGAAGGCCUCGUCUUAUUAGCAGAUGAAGUUUAUCAAGAAAAUGUCUACGGAGACACUCCUUUCGUCUCGGCGAGGAAGGUAGUAAUGCAGCAGCAAGCAGAGGUCCCUAUAUUCUCGUUACACAGCAGCAGCAAAGGGUUGGUGGGAGCGCAUGCAGCAGCAGCAGCAGCAGGAAUGGCUCCUGAUUUAUAUUUUUGUAUGGAGUUAUUAAAAGCUACAGGAAUAGUUGGGGUAGCAGGGAGCGGAUUUGAGCAAAGAAAGGGUACCCUGCAUGUACGUAUAUGUAUUCUUCCUGAUGAGGCCUUAUUGAAGGAAAUGAUCCAUAAAUUCAAGGAAUUUUACCUCUAUUUUGUUAAUAAAUAUUCUGAUUAA